AUGACUAGACACGAAAAUGGUCAUGAGAGAGAUGGAGGAACGUUUGGGAACGUAAGAUCGGCCACGGACGGCAAUGUUCGGCCGUGGGAUGCUUGCGCGGUACGCUCGGCCGAGAGGAGCAGGAGACUGACCUGGACGAGGUGUCAGCGGGUCAGGGCGUCCUCCUCCGCAUGUAAAGGAAACGCCGCCACUUGUCGCGAGAACUUGGGAGGAUUCAAGGCCAAAAUUCCGCCAUUCCAUGGCAAGAACGAUCCAGAUGCCUACUUGGAUUGGGAGAAGAAGAUGGAACUGAUCUUCCAGUGCCAAAACUAUAUUGAUGUUAACAAGGUCAAGAUCGCUGUCACGGAGUUCUAUGACUACGCCCUCAGCUGGUGGGAUCUCACUAGCCGCCAUUGCUCAGGAGGAUAUCCCAUUGAUACUUGGGGAGAACUUAAACGCAUCAUGCGGCAAUGCUUUGUGCCAAGUCACUAUCACCGAGAACUCCACUCCAAGCUCCGCAAGCUCGCUCAAGGAACCAGGUCCGUUGAAGACUAUUACCAAGAGCUGGAGACUCUUUUGCUGAGAGCCAAUAUCACGGAGGAUCGCGAGGCAACUAUGUCGAGGUUCUUAGGAGGCCUGAACCGUGAAAUCCAGGACCGAGUUGAGAUGCAACACUAUGAUUACCUGGAAGAGAUGUUACACAAGGCCGUCCUUGUGGAACAACAACUUAAGAGGAAGGGUCCUUCUCGAUCUAGUUAUGGAGCCGACACUCAUAGGCCGAGUUACAACAGGGAGAGCAAGUUUCCUAUACCAUCCAAGCCGGUGUUCAAACCCCUUCCCACCUUACCUGAGAAAGACAAGAGCAAGGGCGAAACUGUUUCCACAGGAAGAACCCGCGACCUCAAGUGUUUCAAGUGCCAAGGCCGAGAUCAUUAUGCAAGUGAAUGCACUAACCGGAGGAUUAUGAUCAUUAGAGAAGAUGGCGAGUAUGAGUCUGAAGAUGAGCCAUCACCAAAUUCUGUUACUUCACCUCUGGAGCAUGAGAUCAAACCGGUCAGUGGAAGACUCUUGACGGCUAUGAAGCUUCCAGAACAGGAUGAAGGGGAAAUCUCAUCCCCUGAUGAAUAUGAAGAAAGACCUGGAGGUCUUUAUGUGGCAAGAAGAGCUUUGAGCCUUCAAGUGCGAACCAAUGAAGAGGAGCAAAGAGAGAACUUGUUCCAUUCUCGAUGUUAUGUCCAGAACAAGGUCUGUAGCUUGAUCAUAGAUGGAGGAAGCUGCACUAACGUGGCUAGUGAGGCCAUGGUUAAGAAACUUGGGUUGAAACCACAGAAGCAUCCAAAACCAUAUAAGCUUCAAUGGCUGAACGAUGAGUGCGAGAUGAAGGUUAAGAGCCAAGUGGUUGUGCCUAUGACCAUUGGAAGCUAUGAGGAUCAAGUCUUGUGCGACAUCUUACCUAUGGACACCAGUCACGUACUGCUAGGGAGGCCCUGGAAAUCUGACCGUAGGGUUAAGCAAGCUAUGUACUCUAAAAAGCCACUCUUGUUAUUUGUUUUCAAAGAAGCACUAACUAGUCUUGCUGACCAUGCACCGGUUAUUCCGAGUGAGAUGACUAAGCUUUUUCAGGAUUUUAAAGAUGUGUUUCCAGAGGACUGUCCACAGGGUCUCCCUCCUAUCCGUGGCAUUGAACACCAGAUCGAUUUUGUCCCUGGUUCCACACUCCCAAACCGACCAGCUUAUCGCACUAAUCCAGUUGAGACUAAAGAGUUGCAGCGCCAAGUUGAUGAACUUAUGGAGAAGGGGCACAUCCGAGAAAGCAUGAGUCCUUGUGCUGUUCCUGUGCUUCUUGUUCCAAAGAAAGAUGGCAGCUGGAGAAUGUGUGUGGAUUGCAGAGCCAUCAACAAUAUCACUGUAAAGUAUCGCCACCCUAUUCCUAGAUUAGAUGAUAUGUUGGAUGAAUUGCAUGGCGCUUGCAUUUUCUCUAAGAUUGAUCUUAAAAGUGGAUAUCAUCAAAUUAGGAUGAAAGAAGGUGAUGAGUGGAAGACUGCAUUUAAAACUAAACAUGGAUUAUAUGAAUGGCUUGUUAUGCCAUUUGGCCUCACCAAUGCACCUAGUACAUUCAUGCGCCUGAUGAAUCACAUUCUUAGAGCUUUCAUUGGCAUUUUUGUUGUUGUGUACUUUGAUGAUAUCCUAGUUUACAGCAAGAACUUGAAUGAACAUCUAGAUCACCUUGCAUCUGUUUUACAAGUCCUUAGAAAAGAAGAGCUUUUUGCGAAUCUGAAGAAGUGCACCUUUUGCACAGAUAAUCUUGUUUUUCUAGGCUUUGUUGUGAGUGCAGAUGGAGUCAAGGUGGAUGAAGAAAAGGUCAAGGCUAUCCGCGACUGGCCAAGUCCUAAGACCAUUGGAGAGGUUCGGAGUUUCCAUGGGUUGGCCGGGUUCUAUUGGCGAUUUGUGAAAUAUUUCAGUACUAUAGCCGCACCUUUGACUGAAGUCAUUAAGAAGGAAGUUGGUUUCAAGUGGGAACAAGCACAGGAGGAUGCAUUCACUGCUCUUAAAGACAGACUCACUAAUGCCCCUGAUAAGAAGCCUAUAGCCUACUUCAGCGAAAAACUUGGAGGAGCCACUCUUAAUUACCCGACCUAUGAUAAGGAACUCUAUGCCCUGGUCCGCGCUUUGCAUACAUGGCAGCACUACCUCUGGCCGAAGGAAUUUGUCAUCCAUACCGACCAUGAGUCACUCAAACACCUUAAAGGUAAAGACAAUGUUGUGGCCGAUGCAUUGUCCCGGAGGUACACUCUUCUUUCAACUCUUGAUGCUAAACUUCUUGGAUUUGAACAAAUUAAAGAGUUGUAUGAGACUGACCCUGAUUUUGCAGAAACAUAUCAAUCUUGUGCUAAAUUUGCCUCAGGCCGUUAUGUGAGACAAGAUGGGUUCCUCUUUUAUGAGAACCGUCUUUGUGUACCUAACUGUUCUUUGAGAGAUUUGUUUGUCAGGGAAGCUCAUGGAGGAGGAUUGAUGGGUCACUUUGGCGUAGCCAAGACCAUGGAAAUCAUGAAGGAUCAUUUUCACUGGCCACACAUGAAAAGAGAUGUUGAACGAAUCUGUGAAAGAUGCGCCACUUGUAAGCAAGCCAAGUCUAAGGUUCAACCCCACGGUUUGUAUACUCCCUUACCUAUUCCUACUCAUCCCUGGACUGAUAUAUCUAUGGACUUUGUGAUGGGAUUGCCUAGAACUAGGACAGGGAAGGAUUCUAUAUUUGUUGUGGUUGAUAGGUUCUCAAAAACGGCUCAUUUCAUUGCUUGUAACAAGACUAAUGAUGCAUCACAUGUAGCUAGCCUGUUCUUCAGAGAAAUAGUUCGUUUGCAUGGCAUGCCUAAGACCAUUGUUUCUGAUAGAGAUACCAAGUUCCUUAGUUAUUUUUGGAAAACUUUGUGGGCCAAAUUAGGAACUAAGCUUUUCUUCUCCACUACUUGUCAUCCUCAAACUGAUGGGCAGACUGAAGUGGUUAAUAGAACCCUUGGUACUCUUUUGCGCACCUUGAUUAAAAAGAACCUGAGAACUUGGGAAAAUUGUUUGCCUCAUGUCGAAUUUGCUUAUAAUCAUGCUGUGCAUUCUGCCUCUAAAUUUUCACCUUUUCAAAUUGUUUAUGGGUUCAAUCCCCUGUCUCCUUUGGAUUUGAUGCCUUUUCCUUUGAGUGAGAGAUCUAGCACAGAUGGCGAACACAAGGCAGCAACAGUCAAGAAGAUUCAUGAACAAGCAAGGAAAAACAUUGAAGAGAAAACCAAGCAGUACGCCAAGCAUGCUAACAAGGGCCGGCGGGAGAUCAUCUUCGAAGUUGGGGACAAAGUUUGGGUCCAUUUUAGAAAAGAGAGGUUCCCAGCCGAGAGGAAAUCCAAGUUGAUGCCAAGAAUUGACGGACCAUUUGAGAUCACCAAGCGGAUCAACAACAACUCCUACCAAGUCAACCUCCAAGGUAAGUAUAACAUCAGUCCGAGUUUUAAUGUUUCUGACCUAUCUCCUUUUCUUGCAGAUGAUCCAGAUUUGAGGACAAAUUCUUUUCAAGAGGGAGGGGAUGAUAUGAUCAUGGCCGAGGUUGCCCUAGACAAAGACCAGGAGUUGGAAGAGCAGCUUGUAGCUGAGGAGGAGUUGGAAGAGCAGCUUGUAGCUGAGGAGGAGUUGGAUGAGCAGCUUGUACCUGAGGAAGCUUUGGCUAUGCCAACCGGACCAGCUACUAGAUCACGAACUAAGCUAUUCAACCAAGCUAUUGGAAGAAUGCUUAACUACUUGGGUCAGAACAAGAAUGAGGUUAUCCAAACCCCUUUGGUUUGUUUAGCAGCCCAAGAAUCUUGA